CUGUCCCGUUAUUUUCACAUUCCCAAGCUCCCUCCCUCCUUCUCGAGCAGGGGACGCGCGCUUGCCGGGGGCGCGCCUGUCAUACUGAUCAUACAUAGAACGACGGCUUCUUUCGCCAGGCACCAGCACUCCGCGCUCUAGUAACAGAGACGAGCUUCUUGUUGCCUCCUCCUCCUCCUCCUUCUCGCUCCGCUUCUCGUGGCGCCCAUACUGAUGAGUUUCGGAGAGUCACACUCCCCCUGACGUCGCCUGCUGCGGCUCUCCGCUUCUUCUCCAGCUCACGUAUUGCGCAGCGUGAGCGUUCAUCUUUCCACCGGCGCAGCCCCCCUUCAUCACGGCGGAACGGAAAGGAACGGAACACAGAAGAGAGCGAAGAGCCAUCCUUCCCUUCUUGCUGCUGCUGCUGCCGCCGUUGCUGCUGGACACUACUCGUGCUGAAUGCGGCGGUUCCAGAUGGCCGUGCGAGAGCCAUGGCAGCUGAUGAAACUGGCACUCAGGGAUGCUAGAGGGGCCAUUCGGUGCGAUCGCUCUCCGGGUGCUCCGUGAGACACUUUAAGGGCAGCGCAUUUGGAAACUGAAGCUUAUUUUUUCUCCUUGAGAUCUUCACUGUGAACCUCCAUUCCUUCACCUGCAGCAGAACUGCUAGUCCACUACUGAUUAAGCGCGCCUCUGCGCGCCCCCGCACUCGUUCUCGUUCGCACUGCCUGUUUAUUUUACCUUUGGAUUCUGUUCGCGUCCCGUCGGUGUUUCUUCGCCUUUCCUUCUCGCUCAAUAAGGACUGCUGAUCGGUGAGUGCUGCUUCUGCUGCUCACAUUGGCCUUGCAGGUGGUUCGCCAGCUCCGGGCUUGGAUAUGUUCACAUUCGCGGCGACAUGGAUUUAGUUUUGGCUGUUCUGUGGAUGCUCGCGACGCUUCUGGACGUCUUCGACUGCCAUGGAGUGUACGCUCCUCCCACAGUGCGCAUUGUGCACUCCGGACAAGCCUGCAACAUUGAAGAGGAGCGCCAGACGGAGCGGGUCUACACCAUAAGGGAGGGCGAGAUCCUGGAGCUAACCUGUCUGGUGACUGGACACCCGCGCCCCCAGAUCAGGUGGACCAAGACAGCAGGAAGCGCCUCUGACCGCUUCCAGGACUCGAGCGUCUUCAAUGAAACCCUGCGCAUCACCAAAAUCCAGCGACACCAGGGGGGCCGAUACUACUGCAAGGCCGAAAAUGGCUUGGGCUCGCCGGCUAUCAAGUCCAUCCGGGUGGACGUCUACUAUCUGGACGACCCAAUUGUGACGGUACACCAGAGCAUUGGAGAGGCAAAGGAGCAGUUCUACUAUGAGAGGACGGUGUUUCUGCGUUGUGUGGCCAACUCGAACCCCCCAGUCCGCUACAGUUGGCGCCGCGGGCGGGAAAUUCUUUCCCAGGGCUCAGAUAAGGGAGUGGAGAUUUACGAGCCAUUCUUCACGCAGGGUGAAACCAAGAUCUUAAAACUGAAGAAUCUCCGACCUCAGGAUUACGCCAACUACAGCUGCAUUGCAUCUGUGAGGAAUGUGUGUGGCAUACCGGACAAGAUGGUACUGUUCAGGCUCACCAACAAAACAGCUUCUCCAUUGAUCAAGCUGCUCGUCGAGGAUCCCAUUGUUGUCAAUCCUGGGGAGACUGUUACCCUGGUAUGCAUAACCUCUGGGGGAGAGCCACCUCCUACUCUGACUUGGGUACGCUCCACUGACGUGCUGCCCGAGAAGAGCGUGUUAAAUGAGGGAACACUAACUCUGCCGGCUGUCACCUCAGAGGACGCAGGAGUUUAUAGCUGUGUUGCCAAUAACAAUGUAGGCAAUCCCGCCAAGAAGUCCACCACUGUCAUUGUGAGAGCUCUGAAAAAGGGACGCUUCUGGAUCACUCCGGACCCCUACCACAAUGAUGACAACAUCCAGAUCGGCCGUGAGGUGAAGAUUUCCUGCCAAGUGGAAGCCACUCCACCGGAGGAGCUGGCCUUCAGCUGGCUGAAGAAUGGCCGUCCGCUACGCAGCUCGGAAAGGAUGGUCAUUACUCAGACUGACCCAGAUGUAUCCCCUGGUACUACCAACCUGGACAUCAUUGACCUGAAGUUUACUGACUUUGGCACAUAUACGUGCAUGGCAUCGCUGAAGGGCGGAGGAAUCCCGGACAUCAGCAUCGAUGUGAAUAUCUCCUCCACCACCGUGCCGCCCAACCUGACAAUCCCCAGAGGAAAGUCCCCGUUGGUGACUCGGGAAGGUGACACAGUGGAGCUGCAAUGCCUGGUGUCCGGGAAACCCAAGCCCAUCAUCCUUUGGUCCCGGGCCGACAAAGAGGUGCCCAUGCCCGAUGGCUCCAUGCAAAUGGAGAGUUACGAUGGCAUCCUGCGCAUUGUCAACGUCUCCCGUGAAAUGACUGGAUCCUACCGCUGCCAAACCAGCCAGUACAAUGGCUUUAAUGUGAAACCGCGGGAAGCAAUUGUGGAGCUCAUAGUGCAGUAUCCUCCGACAGUGGAGCCAGUUUUCACUGAGAUCCGACAAGGACUGGACCGGAACAUCGUCAUGAACUGCAAGGUCCUGCGAGCCUAUCCAUCGCGGGUCCUCACCUAUGAGUGGCGCCUGGGUAACAAGCUUUUGGACUACGGGCAAAUUAACUCUCAGCUCUACACCAAGCAUGUCAUCAACAACCUGACAAGGGAGGGCUAUGGAGUCUACAACUGCAGCAUCAUGAACGAAGCGGGCAUUGGGCGCUGCAGCUUUCUGGUCUCAGGCAAAGCCUACGCCCCUGAGUUCUACUAUGACACCUAUAACCCACUGUGGCUGGACAGACCCCGCUACUACGUCUACAACUUGCAGUGGACGCAAAUGAACCCCAGUGCUGUCGACCAGAUUGUCGCUUACCGUCUGGGCUUUAAGCAGAUCAGCCACCAGCGCUGGUGGGAACAGGAGAUCCCAGUCAAUCAUGUCAUUCAGAAAGAGGAGCUACUCCAGUACAACCUGUCCGAACUGAUAAGGCCUGAGACCUACGAGGUGCGUCUGACUCCCAUUACCAGACUGGGCGAGGGAGACUCCACAAUCCGGAUCAUCAAGUACAGUGGAGUCAGAAGAUUACCAGCUCCAAUAAAUCCACACUUGCGUGAAUUCAUCUGCAGUUUUGAAGAAGCUCCAAUCUGCGCUUUUUCUCAAGACAAGACUGACAACUUUGACUGGCUAAGACAAAGUGCAGAAACCCGGGACACCAAGUACACGCCAAACACGGGGCCCAAUGCGGACAGGACUGGCUCAAGACAAGGUUUCUUCAUGUACAUCGAAGCCUCCCGUCCCAGGAAGCCAGGAGAAAAGGCCCGGCUGGUGAGCCCCAUCUUCAACGUGGCCCCCAAGAACCCGUAUGGCACUAGCAGCUCAACUUACUGCUUCAGCUUCUACUACCACAUGUAUGGAAAGCACAUAGGUGUUCUAAACGUGUACUUGAAGUUAAAAGGGCAGACGACAUCUGGAAACCCUGUAUGGUCAAUGAGAGGAAGCCAGGGACAGCACUGGAGGCAAGCGAGCAUGAAUAUUCAGCCCAGCACAUCAUUCCAGGUGAUCUUCGAAGGGGUCCGCGGCGAGGGAAUCGAGGGUGACAUCGCAAUUGAUGAUGUGUCAAUCGUCGAAGGCGAGUGCAUGAAAGAUAACCAGCCACCCAAGAACUUGAAAUCAUCGUCCCCACCUUCAGUAAGGACGCAUAUAUGGCAGUUGCCUGUCACUCUGGUGGUGGCUCUGUUGACGAACCGAAGGUGACCUUUCCCUGGCAGAGGCUGCUGAAAUGAGCCAUUGGGUACUGGCAUGAAGAAGGAGUCUUUGUACUUGGACCUUCAGAAAACAAAAAAGAAAAAAAUAUCUGAAAAAAAAAAUAAGAAAAAAAAAGAAAAAAGAAAACUACCAAAGAUUCAUCCGCUGAACUGCUGAGCGUCAGACUGACAUGUGAAAGGAAAGCACCUGAGAGCAAAAGAACUUCAGUCAGAGUCCCGUGUUUGUAAAGAAAUAUAUGCAGCACGCCUGUGAGGGCAGAUGGGAGAAUCCUUUUGUGGACAAGUCUCAAGUGAGCGAGAGAGCCAGCGAGCGAGAGACAUGCUCUUGUAAAGCACAAAGUCAUGGCUGUGUGUGUGUGCGCGCGUGUGUGUAUUCUCGUUUUUCUUUUGGUCGUUUUCCCUUUUUUCCCAUGUUGCCAAGGAACCCUGAGGGUUAUGGAUUAACAGUUCCUCCCCCUUUUUUCCUCCCCCCUCCUCGCUGGCACCGGCACCACAUACCUUCAGCUUGUCUCUUGUUUGGCUGUCCUUUUUAUUGGCUCCCAUGCCCCAAACUCUUCCGCACUCUCCUGUUUUCUCAUUGUCAGCAUGGCAGUGCUCUGGGUGGCUACCGUCUCUCCCUGCAUGAACUCCCACUGGUUUCAGGAAGAAAAAAAAUUAUACAAAACAAAAACAAACAGAAAAACAAGAAGUCCUGUUUAAGGCCCGUUGGAAGUGUCUCCCUUCCUGUCAACACCCCCACCCCACAUCCGUCCAACUUUGGGAAUGUGAGCCUCUGUCUGCCAUGAAACCAAGUGCCUUCAAAUUUCAAGCCUGAAAGGGUGAAGAGAACACUGGCGGGCCCAGCAGAGCCAAUGGAAAACGCCACGCCACCAGAGGAGCGCAUCUCCGAGCCCCGCGGCUCCUCCACCUAUCACGCUUCUUAUAGCCAUCAAGACAGCCAUGGCCUUUGAGCUCGCAGUCCUCUCGAUAUGGGAUGGGGGGGCGGGGCCUAAAGGGAGCAGCUUGUGUGAGUAUGCGUGAGUGUGUGAGUGUGAGCGAGCGAGUCUGCGGGUGCGUGUUAAGCGUCUGAGGGGACGGAGUGGACCUUGGGACUCCAGCGGCCUCCUUCACCUCUGCCCUUUUAAACUGUGUGGAUUCUGAAAAAAAAGAAAUAUUUUAUUACUUUACGCGGAUUCGUGUAGCCGGACUUUUACACGAAACAGACUCGGAGCUACCUGACACCAUACAAAACCUUAACCAGCUGGUUUUUCAGACGUAUUGUAAAUCUCCCCAAUAUUGUUGCAUAUGAUGACAUUUAAAGACUCUUUCCUUUUUUUUUUCCUUUAUUUGACCUUUUAACUUCAUAUAACAGGCUUUCUUUUGUUUCAGGAAGAUAUACUUGUCCUUUCUUAGCACCCUUGCAUUUUAAACAAGAAGAAAAAAAAAAGAUAUGCAAAACAAACAAAAAAAAAAUUGGUAAAUAAAUUAUUUCAAAAGGCAAGUUCUAUAGGUAACCUUUGUGACUAUUGAUACAAAAAAAAAGCACAAAAUGUAAUAAUAAUAAAAAACGAUGCUCACCUUGAUUUAUUUUUACUACUCUUUAGGAGUACCAGCCCACAUUUGCAAAAAAGAAAAACACAAUCAUUCUGGAAUUAAAAAAAAAAGAAGGAAAAGAAAUCAAACCACAAAUUUUACGUCUGUUCAAUAAAAUCUAAUUUCAGGUAAGAGGUGCCGUCUGAAUGGUUGUGUGUUUGCCAUCACUGCUGACAUGCUGUGGGAAAUGUGGGUAUCGGGGCGCCAAACUUAAAAGGGGUCUUUUUAGAAGGAAGAUGGGUGGCGUAAGAUCUUUACAAAGGGACCCCAACAGCCUUCCUUUUUUUAAUUGUGUUACAAGCUUCUUUCAUGUUGCUUUCUUUUCCAUUUACCCACCAAGCAACUGUGUUGUGGACUUUUGCAGAUAAGCAGUGCAAAACAGACAGGUGAAUCAAUGCCCACAUUUACUGGAGGUCUACACAGAGCUCUGCUCCUUGGUUUCAUAGUCACUAGUGCUGAUUCCUCUAUGAGGGUCUCACAGAAAAGUGGAAAUCUGUGACAUGGAAACUGGCGACUCAGAAAAAAACUGACUGACUGAUCCAUGUGAGCCAUCAGGGGCUUCAGGAGGACUCGAAGAAAAAGGAGCAGAAUGGUCCCCCCCACUUCAAAUCCAUCUGAGGAGACCGGACCCAUGGAGAACAUUCAGCCCCUUCCCGUUGCACAGGCAGUUGUGACAACAGCAUCUGAACACAGCAAUGUUAGCAGUAGAAAUAACUGAGACUGGGAAUCAGGGUCUCCAACAUCCAGCCUCACAACAUACAGUCAGCCUCGCCCUAUUGUUGAGUACAGCGUCUGAAUGUAGCAGGUUCAAGUAGUGCAAAUAACUGAGACUGGGAGUGAGGAUCUCCGGCAUCCAGCUCUGCCCCAAACAUCCAGACCCACCCUAUUGUAUAGGCCGUCAUGAGGACAGCAUCUGACUGCAGCAGCAUAAACUGUGGAAAUACUUGAAACUGAGAUGGAGGGUCUUUAACAUUAAGCCUCGCCACCAAACAUCCAGCUCCGCCUCAUUCUGCUGCCUGCAGUGUGGAAUGUGUGAAUGCAGCAGCAUCAGAUGUGGAAGUAACAGACAGAGACUGAGUGUCUCCAACAUCCAUUGUGACUCCAAACAUCAGGCUCCACCAUGAGGACAGAAUCUAAAUGCAGCAGAAUCAGCUAUUGUAAUAAUUGAGACUGGGGUUGAAGGUUUUUAACGUUAAGCCCCGCCCCAAACAAAAAGCUCACCUCAUUAUGCUGGCUGCAAUGAGGAGUGUGUGAACUCAGUGGCAUCAGAUGUGGAAGUAACAGACUGGAAUUGAGCAUCUACAAUGUCCAAUCUCGCCCCAAACAUCCAAUCCUGCCCCGUUGUGCAGGUUGUCAUGAAGCUGGUGUCUGAAUGUGGUAACAUCAGUGGUGGAAAUAUCUGAGAUUUGGGAUUAAAGGGUCUGCAACAUUAAGCCGAACCCCAAACAUCCUGCUCCACUCCAUUUUGUGGGCUGCAGUGAGGAAUGUCUGAAUGCAGAAACAUCAGAUGUGGAAGUAACAGACAGGGAAUGAGUGUCUCCACCAUCCACUGUGACCCCAAAUAUCAAGCUCCACCAUGAGGACAGCAUCUGCUAUUAUAAUAAUUGAGACUGAGGUUGAGGGCCGCCAACAUCUAGCCCUGCUUCAAACAUCCAGCUCCACCCCACUUUACAGGCUGCAUGGUGGAUGUGUCUGAAGUCAGUGGCAUCAGAUGUGGAAGUAACAGACUGGGAUUGAGCAUCUCCAACAUCCAACUCCGCCCCAAACAUCCAAUCCUACCCCAUCGUGCAGGCUGCCAUGAGGACAGCAUCAGCUGAAACUGGGAUUGUAGGUCUCCAGCGUCCAGCCCCAGUCCAUUCAGUGGGGUUUUAGCGAGUUGAACUUGGAACAACUGUGUAGAUGAUCAGCUGUUAGCACACAUUUGAAGGUCAUCCCAGAUUGUUCAUAUGCACCACUUUCCUGAAAUAUAGUAAGCCCAUCUUUUAGAGGAGUGACUGAG